CGCUUGGGCUCCAUCGAUCCAUGCUUAGGUCAGAAAGAUUGCGAGCUAUUUCCUUCCGAAAUCCUCUCUUACAUUCCUGUUCUUUUUGCUCUUCUCGUCUCUGUCUUUGCUCUCUUGGUUGGGGGGUUUCGGCGAGAAGAGAAACCCUCUUGGUUGGACGCCGGAGUUCUUGUUUGAUGGGCCUCAUGCCUCUCCUGCGUGAUCGAUUUUGAGAUAUUCCGCCGGCUUUCUUUCUUCCCCAGAGUUCGUUCACUUCGGAGUCGCGCUCAUGAUCUGGAAGUUUUUAUGAUCGAUUAGUUCGUUGUCUUUCAUCGGAUCGGAGCCCUUUCGAAGGCUUUGUCUUUUGUGUUGGCAUCAGUUAGGAAACCCCAAUUCCCAUCUCAGGAACUGUGGGCUUGGUCAUGGACGACGGAGACAUCGAUUUCUCGAAUCCUGAUGUCUUCUCUGGACCCAACGCUGGUGAUGAUCUUCCGGGCAGCCGCUCGAUAGAUAGUUUCUUCGAUGACAUCUUCAAUGAUGGGCAACAGCAUACAUGCACCCACACCCACACUUGCAACCCUCUCUCACACACCCAUACCUGCUUCCAUGUCCACACCAAGAUCGUCUCGGCCCCCCCUGAUGAAGCUGCCGAGUCAAUGGAGAAGAGCUCUUCUACAAAGAAAAGGUCUUGCGGUAAUCGAGAAGCUGUUCGGAAGUAUAGGCAGAAGAAGAAGGCACAUGCUGCAUCCUUGGAGGAGGAGGUUGCUCAUCUGAGAGCAAUCAACCAGCAACUGAUGAAGAGGCUUCAAGGCCAAGCUGCUUUGGAAGCUGAGGUUGCAAGGCUUAGAUGCUUGCUUGUGGAUAUGAGGGGAAGGAUUGAAGGAGAGAUUGGAUCAUUUCCUUAUCAGAAGCCAGCGAAAGGGAGUGGGGAUUUUGUUUCUAAUGCUACCCAAGCAAACAUGCUGGGUGGUGCUCAGGUUCUAAAUUCAUGUGGUUUCUGUUGUGAUGAUCAGGUUUACUGCCUUUAUCCAGGGAUGCAGGGGAAGAAUGUGGGAGAAAACAGUGUACUUAACAGUCAGGGUAAUCGAGUGUGUGGGAUUGAGACGGUGCAGUGUGUGGGGAGGUCAACUUCUGGACCUAAGGAAUUUGUGGGCUGCGGAAAUGGGUCUGCAAGACUUGUUGACUGUUCAUGUGAUGCCACAAAGAUAGAUGGAGCUUAUGUGACAAAGGAGGAUGUCUGAUCCGAUACCCGGCAUCCGUUCAAGUCGAUGCAUAAACAAUGGUUCAUUCAUAUCCGCAGCCAAUAAGAUUGAACUCAGCAGCUGUGUUUGUAGCAUUAAACUUGAAAAGUAUUUUCUGUUUGGUCUGACUUUUCAUUGGCAUCUACAACUUAAAUGAACUCAGUUAGCAGCUGUUUCUAUUUGAUCCUUGAACUUGAUCUGUCAAUUUAUUUCGAGUUACUUCUAUUA